GAUUAUUGAGCCAGUUAAUCAUAGAGAGCAUCCACAUCACGAUGUUCUCUAUACUUUUGACGUUCAUUGCGGGUGCGCUGAUACUUCUGAUUUUUUAUUUGCUCGUACGAUUUACCUACUGGAAGAGAAACGGUAUUCCAACCGCCAGAGGAUGCUAUCCGUUUUUCGGUCACAUGUUACCUGUUCUGACGUUAAAUACGAGUAUGUCCGACGUGGUCCGGAAGGUAUACGACGAUUACCAAAAUUGUAGUAUGGUUGGCAUUUACAAAGUAACGCAACCGGCAUUGAUUAUUCGGGAUCCAAAUUUGAUAAGGAGCGUGUUGAUAAGUAACGUCUCAAGCUUCCACAAGAACGCGAUGGAAUCUAACCCAAACGUCGACUCCUUGAUAAACAACCAUCCUUUUUUUAAUGACGGGGAAGUGUGGCUUACGGGAAGGAAACACUUGACCUAUGCGUUUAGUGGAUCGAGGUUGAGAAAUUUAUUCAUAGCAAUCAGUGGUGUGUGCAAAAAAUUUCAGCGUUUUAUAGACCGUCAACUAGAGAAGGAUAAUAAGUACGACGUCGAAUUUAAGUACUUGUUCACCAAAUUCACGGGUGAAGUUGUGGCGAACGCUGGUUUGGGUAUAGAGGGACGUUGCUUCGAGGACGAGGACCAUCCGACCGCAUUCGAUCAGAUCGGUCGCGCAGUGUUUAAAACAUCACUUUUCGACAGAUUUGUAAUACUAGUCCUCACCCUGUUUCCCAAACUAAAUCGCCUAAUGAAAAUCGAUGUCGUGCCGAAGGAUGUGGAUCAGCUGUUUAGGGGAAUUGUUGACGAGUAUUUAAGUAUGAAAGAAAAGGAGUCGACACCGAGAUUCGACUUCCUUCAUUUGAUGAUGGAGCUCGAGAAGACAGGCGAGAAGGUGGAUAAAAACGCUCUGGCAUCACAUGCGUUUACAUUCUACGCUGACGGAUUGGAAACGUCGAGCAUUACGCUUAGUUACGUUGGAUAUCAACUGGCUGUUCAUCAGGACGUUCAGAAAAAAUUGCGGGACGAAGUAAAGUCCAUGAUCGAGAAACACGGUGAAUUAACGUACGAUGCAUUGGCAGAGAUGAAAUACAUGGAGCAGGUGAUUAACGAAUCUCAAAGAUGUUAUCCGGCUGCGGAUAUGUUACAAAAAUCGUGCACGAAAGAAUGCGUACUCGAAGGACCGGAUGGACUGAGUUGUCGAGUUAAACCAGACACUCACAUCAUUCUGCCUUUAGGCAGUCUGCAGAGUGAUUCCAAGUACUGGCCCGAUCCGCAAACAUUCGAUCCGGAACGAUUUAACCCCGAGAGAAAACAGACUAUUGAAAAAAUGGCGUUCCUACCCUUCGGUGAUGGUCCAAGGAUGUGCGUGGGCAUGAGACUCGCUAUGCUGCAGAUGAAAGCUUGUUUGGCUACUUUGGUUAAUAAUUAUAAAUUAGAAUUAUCUCCGAAAACAAAACUACCGUUCAAAACAAUAACAGUUUUCGAAUUAAUAUUGCCAGUCGGGCUUCGGGUGCAAAUUUCAAAACUUUGACAAGUAUUGGAGAAUUUCUGAAAAUAUACAUAUAGAUCUGUACACUUGGACAAUACAUGAAAAUCUCGUUAUUGUUCAUUUUCUUUUCGCUAAUCAAUAGUACAGUAAUUGCUAUUAACUGCGUAUCAUUCGGUUAAUGAAUGAGGAACAAACUUCGUUUAGACAGACUUGCAACGAUAAUAUAUAAACCCCCUUCUUAACUUUUUUGCCAGUAAAUGAUACUAUUGCACUCUACUGUUAAUCAAUAGAUCGCAUUCAAGAUUUUUCUGGUAGAGUUAGCUGACGCGUUAGCUGUAUGACAGACUUGACAUAGUACAGUUCUACAGGAGAGCAACGUGGCAAGUACACUCCUUACCUUCGUCGCAGGUGCAUUAUUAGGCAUCUCAAACUUGCCCAUUUUUUUACCGUUUCAUGAAAAGGUCAAUUUUUUGGGAGAUAAAGAAUAGAAUAUGCUAUUAGCUUAGACUUUAUCAUUGGCGACCUUCAGUUUCAAUAGACGUUGAAACGACGAUUGUAUAUUGAGCAAGACAAUUUUAUUUUCAAAUUAGUAGGGAAAGUUGAUAAAGAUAGAUGCGAGUGUCAACUGUAUCAAUUGCAGUACACAUGUAAUGACUCGUCAUUUUGUAGUACAUGUAAUAAAUAACGAGGUAUGACAAGUUAUCGUACGUUUUUUUAACUCGUAAGAAUAAAAUCAAAAUAACGAGCACUGUGAUAUUCGCGAACUUUUUGGAUAAAAACAAAUACGAAAUGAAUAAAUGAAUAAGACACA